CCAUUUUCAGCUCAGUCCAGCUUCAACCACUAAACGUUACCUAUCUUCAAACUUAUUCUAUUACACCUACAGGAAACCUUUUUUUCUUCUCUUCCUUACACCUCUCGGAGACAAUUACCCUCUUCUCUGUUGGUCAAACCCCCGCUCACAUUCAGCUUUAACUGUCGCGUCACGCACGAGGUUUCACCUCGGAUUGCAGUCAUGUUUGACCUUUUCCCUAUGCUCUUAUCUUCUGUCGCAUGUUAUCUGUUUCCUAUCUUUGCAUCUUACAAAGCGCUCAAGACACAUGAUCCCACCCAGCUGACGCCAUGGCUGAUGUACUGGGUAGUGCUCAGUUGCUGUCUUCUCGCCGAGUCUUGGGUUUGGUUUAUUGUCUCAUGGAUUCCGCUUUACGGUUAUUUCCGUUUACUAUUCCUCCUCUACCUUAUCCUCCCACAGACACAAGGCGCUCGACGUCUAUACGAGGAAUAUGUCCAUCCUUAUCUUGAAAAGAACGAGACGCAGAUUGACGACUUCAUCGCAAGCGCACAUGAGCGCUUGACUGCUGCCGGAAUAUCUUACCUCAAGCUCGCUAUUGAGCAGUUCAAAGUCAAGGUCCUCGGUCUUCCACCAUCCGAACCCGAGUCGCCUCCUCCCGAGCCUGCGCAAGGCUAUACGCAGUCGCUUCUGUCACGAUUCAACGUCCCUGCUGCGCGAUGGGCUGGUAACAACAGCAGCGGCACCGACUUUUACAGCCUGCUCUCCAGCGCUGUGGCAGCUGCUACCAACGCAGGUGGACAAUCGGCUGGUACGAGAACAGUUGGAGGUGAGGCCACAAACUCGGGCGCAUUGAUCCCACCGCAUCUUCGCGAGUCUGGUGCCAGAAUGGACUUCAUCUCGGCCCAGCGCGAUCGCUUAAAUGUCCUGAUCUCGGCACUUGAUCGGGAGGCCCAGGAUCUUCGUACCGAAGCCCAGCGUGCCCAGACAAGCACAGGCUCUCGCCGCGAUCCCAUGGCCUACGGAGGUUAUGAUAAUAACGAGGAAGAUGAACCUACCCAGCGACCACCUAGUGGACUUAGCGCAUGGAGUGGUAUUAGCAAGAGUCGCAGCGAGACCGAUUUCGAGAGGAUCGACGCGGAGACUAGUUCGGACGAAGACCAUCGUCAGGUGCGCCGAAGAAACCAGGGAGCCGGCACUAGAAAUGCAUCAGGCUCAUGGGUUCCUUGGGGAUGGGGCGGUGAUGCCGCAUCAGGAGGCGGAGCGAGCGCCUCCGGAAGGGAAAGAUAGAAACUCCAUUCUGGGAGGUGGGUUUUGAAUGAUCAUGGGUCUUACUAAGGUAGAUAUGGUGUUUUUUGACAUGGGCCCGUUGAUAUUCGGCGCGAUAACUGCCCCAGUGCAUAUCUAUAAAUGGGAAUUGGUGUACAUGAGCUCGUUCUUCUUUUA